AUGUCCGCCUCCGCGUCAGACGCGUCCACCGCCGCUGCCACGUCGCUCCGACCAAUAGAGUCGCGCCACGUCACCUCCGCCGGAUCCCUCCUCCACUCCGCGGGCGCCACGUCACCGACCCCGCCGCCGGUCAACGCCCUCCAACGCGCCGGCCCGCUCGGGCCCGACGCCGGCCCCACGGCCCGGUCGCCGCGCGCCGCCGCCCGUCUCCUCCCGCCGCGGGCCCGUGCCCGCUCCUCCGCCUGGCGCGCCCCGCCGUCCCGCUCCAGCGCCGCCCUGUGCGCCGCCUUGCCCGGAGCACCACGCUGCGCCUCCCCGUCGCCCGUGCUACCGGAGACGGCCGCCGCCCGCUUCGCCGACCGGCGCCGCCUCCGCCGCGCCUCCUCAGAUCCGGUCCGGCCCGACCCCGCCGGCGUCUCCCUGUCCUCUCCGGCCAUCUUCCUCCACCGCGGCGUCCAACUCCGGCGACUCCCCGGCGAUCCUUGA